AUGAAUGAUUCAUAUCCUUGUUAGCAGUGUGCGUUGCCACAGAGAAAGAAUCAAAGACAAGACACUGGGCUUUCUUUCAAUUUCACAUGAAACCGUAGGAUAGCAUUCUGAGUUGUGACACAAACAUGGAACUUCUGUCAGUGUCUGCCACAUUCACCAAAUGUCGAAACUUUUCCUUUCUCAAACCAAAGAGAACCCAAAUUCAACAACUUCCAAUAAACAUAAAAUUUCACAACAAAAGGAAUCAUUUCGACCUUUCUUCUUCUUCUUCCAUUUCAUGUAAUUGCUCCUUUACUGGAGUGGCAGCAACAACAUACCCUUCCACCACACAAAACCGCCAUUGGAUGGUGCUCAUGGAAAAGCCUCCUCAUGAGGUCAAUUCCAAGCCACAGGUCAUUGAUUAUUACGUUAACACUCUACAGACGGUUCUUGGCAGUGAGAAAGAAGCUCAGAUGUGUAUAUAUGAUGCUUCAUGGGAUACCCAUUUCGGUUUUUGUUGUGAUAUUGAUGAAGAAAUUUCUUCCCAGCUGGCUAGUUUGCCUGGGGUCUUAUCGGUUAUGCCUGAUGAUUUCAACUCUUUGAAAAAGGACUAUAGUUUGUCAAGUGGCCAGGCAAGUCCCCUGUCUAGAUUACAAACUAGAACCAAUAUGUUGUUUCCUGCUAGAAAUUCAAGGCAUUGGCUAGUAAGAAUGGAUAAACCCGGAGUUGAGGUUGUUACCAAGGCUCAGAUUGUUGAUUAUUAUGCUCAGAUUUUGACCAAGGUCCUGGGAAAUGAGAAGGAUGCACAAAUGUGCAUAUAUCAUGUUUCCUGGAAAACCAACUUCGGCUUUUGCUGUGAACUUGAUGAGGAUUGUGCACAGGAGCUAGCUGGUGUGCCGGGUGUCUUAUCAGUUCAACCAGAUAACGAUUCUGAGUCUGAAAAUAAGGAUUAUGAAGGUAGUAACUUAGAAAAUAGUUUGAAUGUGCCCAACUCUUCCGAAGCAAGUCAGGAAGCUUCCUUGAAAACAAAGAAACUUUUUGUAACAGGGCUAUCAUUUUAUACAUCUGAGAAAACCUUACGUGCAGCAUUUGAAGGCUUUGGUGAGCUUGUUGAAGUUAAAGUUAUUAUGGACAAAAUUUCAAAAAGGUCCAAGGGUUAUGCAUUUAUUGAAUACACCACAGAGGAGGCUGCAAGUGCAGCGCUCAAAGAGAUGAAUGGCAAGAUUAUCAAUGGCUGGAUGAUAGUUGUUGAUGUUGCCAAGCCUAACCGAACAAGAUACAACAGGGAUGGUACCAGACCAUCAGCUUGACAAGCGAGAAAAAGUCUGUACUGUUACCAGCUCUGCGACUCCCUACACCCUCCACAGUCAACAACUGCAUAAAAUGUGCCUUUUCAUGGCUGCGGAUAUAGCACAUCUUUAUUUCAUUUGUCACAGUGCAUUCUGUUUUACUUGCUCACUCAUGCCAAUGCUGUUAACUUUGCAACUUUUCAUACUUCCAGACACGGGAGUUAAAUGCAAUGCAUACUUCAUUCAAGCAAGGGUAGGGGGGAGAUGUUAUGGGUGGUGAGUGGCAUGUAUAACAUCCCUGAAUAAGUUACUUCUCUAUUACUUAAUGGUAUAGACCCUUCCCCUUUGCUUCCUCUGAUUCCAGACUUGUCUUCAGCAUGCUUGCAGGUAUCUAACAACGCAAUCAUAUUCUCCACAUGUUUUAGGCAGUUAUGAAUACACUUGCUUCUGUGAGUGAAAAUAUAAACCUGUGUGUUGGCCAGGAUUCCUACUGAUUGUUUUGAGACUAAGCAUGCUGCAGUUGACUAGCUAUAUUGUUGCCUCUACAGGCAUGUGGCUUCUAGUUAAGGAACUGAAGAUAGGUGAGGUUUUGGUUCUUAUUAGGCCCUUGGACAUUAAGAAGUCCAGUUGAUUGAGAUGGGUGUUCAAAGAAAAUGGCAUUUGAAUUUGUAACAUGAUAUAUUCCAGGAAUGAAUCUUUAGCUAACAUUUGGCGAAUAGGAUUAAAUUUCCAUAUCCUCUUCUAUAUUAACAUUAGUUCUUACAUGAAAACAAAUGAUUGAGACAUUUUUUUGGAAUAAUUGAGAUGGGUCUGUUUCG